AUGAGGAAUCAUAUGGCAGCAGGGUGGUUCUACUCACCCAAACAGAUCGGACGAUACCUGCUCAGCCGGCCAUCAAGCCUCAAGCCUCCCCGUGCCAAACUCCGCAACCCGAUCCAUAUCCUCGCUGAGCUCGACCGCCACCAAUGGCUGAUGUUUUCUGCCGGAUUCCUAGGCUGGGCCUGGGACGCCUUCGACUUCUUCACCGUGUCCCUCACUGUGACUGAGAUCGCGAAGGAAUUUGGGGUCUCAAAUGCUGAUGUAUCAUGGGGUAUCACAGUCACCCUCAUGCUCCGCUCGGUUGGCGCUUUGAUCUUUGGGAUCGUGUCUGAUCGGUACGGCCGCAAAUGGCCCAUGGUCAUCUGCCUAGUCCUAUUCAUCAUCCUAGAGCUUGCUUCAGGUUUCGCCCAGAAUCUCAAGCAGUUCCUGGCCGUACGGUCCCUCUAUGGCAUAGCCAUGGGUGGGCUCUUCGGCCCUGCUGCUGCGACGGCCCUGGAGGAUCUUCCUUAUGAUGCGCGUGGACUACUGUCCGGUCUUUUCGAGCAAGGUUAUGCUACGGGAUACCUACUCGCGGCCAUCUUCUACCGUGCACUCGUCCCUACGACAACUCACGGCUGGAGGUCGCUCUUCUGGUUCGGCGCUGGCCCUCCUGUCUUCAUCAUCACCUUUCGACUGUGCCUCCCAGAGACUAAUGCCUUCCUCAUCAUGAAGGCUGAAAGAGAAGCUGCCAUUGCCGCCGGAGAGGAGGAACAUCACACAGCCGCGCAGGGCCUACGGGCUUGGCUUAAAGACGCUCGCGAUGCCAUGAAGGCAAAUUGGUUCCUAUUCGCCUACAUGGUUGUACUCAUGACCGGCUUCAACUCCACCAGCCACGGCUCCCAGGACUUCUACCCAACGUUCUUGAAGAACCAGGUGGAACUCGACGCAACAGACGUGACAGUCAUCAGCGUCGUCGGCCAGAUCGGUGCCCUCAUAGGCGGCACCACGCUAGGCUACAUCAGCACCUUCUUCGGCCGCCGACUGACAAUGUGCGCCGCCUGCAUCUUCGGCGGCGCCAUCCUCCCCGCGUACGUGAUCCCGCACUCGAUGAAACUGGUCGCCAGCGCCUUCUUCCUGCAGUUCUUCGUCGGUGGCGUCUGGGGCCCGAUACCAAUCCACCUGAGCGAGCUGUCCCCAGAGGCCCUCCGCGCGACCGCCGUCGGCCUCACGUACCAGCUGGGCAACCUGGCGUCGUCGGCGGCCGCCACGAUCCAGGCCAUCAUCGGCGAGCGGUUCCCGCUCGAGCCCAAGGACGGGGUCGCCAGGUUCGACUACGGGAGGGUCAUUGGCAUCUUCAUGGGGGCCGUGUGGGCGUAUGACCUGCUGUUCCUGUUCCUUGGGCCCGAGAUGAGCGAGGAGGAGAGGGCCGAGUUCGCUGCGUCUGCGAAUGAGUUUGAGAGGCUGAGGAAGUCGGGUGUUAGCCUGGCUGAUAUCGGCGCCGAGAGGGCCAAGGCUGCGAUGUUGGAGAAGCAGGCAUCGCGGGGCGAAGAGUAUAAUAACAACGAGAAACCUGUGGAUGUUGAACAUGUGGAAAUUCAACGUGAGGUGGUGUAA